CCAUGACUUCUUUUGACUUGGAAGUGACCAUGAUGUGAACUUUUGCUAAGCCACCUCAUUCCCUCAGUGCUCCUUUAACUCUGUAAGUCCCCAAGGAACAUCUGCAGCUUUGCCCUUCCAGUUCUUUACUCACCUGUGCUUUACAUGAUAAAACUGUUCAAUCUCAGCCCGGUUGGUAGUUGCUGUAUGAUGUAACUACAGGUAUAUCAAUUACUAUGUAAUACUCUGUUUCCAGUAAUGCAAACGCUUGUAAUUACUUGAAUAAGUUUUAUUUGAACUAUGGAUACUUUUUUUACACUUGAGGGAAUAUUUAAAUGGAAACCUGAUUGCAUUUUCUGCUAUAUCUUAUCUUAAGUCAAGGCUCGUGUACAAAAUCCAAAGCUAUCUUAUCCCUACUGACUUGGUUAUUUUUCUACAUUGGGAAUGUAACUUCUUGUUACAAACUUCUGCAUUGUUGGAUAUUUUCUAUCCUUUUAUAGUCCCUUUCCUUUCCAUCUCAGUGCUACUCUUGGGUCUGAUUUGUAACCAAUGUAAUCUGCAUUAUAUACUGUCCUAAACCAGAGCCUGGGCAGAGAGAUGACAUAGCAGGAAACUGUCUUAAUUUGUCUUUGAAGCACUACAGUACUUUCUUUUUGAGUCUGUUUAAAUAGGUGUGCCCUGAAAUGCAUCUUAUACAGCCACUCUGGAUAAGCAAUAUAUUGUACUGUAUAUAUAGCAGUUUCUGUCACAACCUGGAGUUAAAAUGUCUGGAUGGUAACUAGUGCCUGUCUGAUAUACAUUGGAAUGAGCAUAGGCCUUCCUCCUAAGGUGCUGUUUCAAAUGAAUUAUUUCCUGUUUUGAUUCUGGGAAAUUGUGAAAUAAUAGUGGACAAAAUGUUGCUAUGCUACAUUGAGAUCCAAACAGUGGGUUUUGGUUUCUCUGUAAAGGAUGUCCAUAAAACUCAUGGGGUUUGGUUUUCAAUGUCAUUGUAAAUAGGUGAAACUGUACGUGUCAUUGUGUUUGGAACUGAAUUCCACCACUGAAAUCAGUGGUGAUCCCUGGGGCUGAGAGGGAGGGAGAGGAGAUGCAGCCAGGUGCCACUAGUUUGCCCUGACUGAACUGAGUGACUGGUGUGAAUGGCAGCCUGGCUGAGGGGUGGGAAGGAACGAAAACUGACGGGAUCGGCAUUGGCCUCACACGGGAAUGACUGAAUAAAUGCAAUAAAAGGCUCAAAGUCAACACUGUUCCUUUGUUCAUCACUUAUCACAGAUUUUUUGUUAUAAAUUUGAGUACAAGAAUUAUAUAAUUUGUAAAAUGACACUGUAGUGGAGACCUUGGUACAACACUAUUAAAAAUCCUCCCUGUUUGUGAGAUCUGAGGUUUGUAGAAUAGUGAAAUUCUUUCAUAUGUUGAAUCUUGGUCUAUUCCUGAUGGUGGGAGUGCUGGGCUAAUGUAUCUCACUGUGAGCUGGGUCUUGGCUAUUUGCAUAACAUGGCAGUUCUGUACACUCUUCUGGCUAAUUGUAAAUAUAAAUGUUUCAUAAUAGCUUAGUUGCAUUUUUGAGGUACAGCCAUUUGUGUGAGAUUAGAAAAAACUUUAUUUCUAAGAACUUGUAAAAAAAAAAAGUAUUUUCAAUAAAAUUCCCUACCUCACCUCUAUUGUGCAGAAAUGAUCCCAUUUUCCUAUGUUGAAUUUUUACAAAGUUGGAAACACAAAGGUCCUCUUUCAGUUAUUGACUAAACGUUGCUGGUUUUCAUCAAAUCAGUCAAAUAACAGACUGCUUGAAAGUCUGAAGUCUCAUUUGUUUCCUUUGCUCCCAUUCCAUUGUGGUGAUCAGGUAUUUGGUACCUGAAAAGCAAGUUCUAGAACUGUUAUGCCAUCUCCAGCUGCAUCCUCCCUGUGCCCUGGGGGCCAGAGCUUGUACCCUGCAGUUGUGUAGGGGCUGGCCAGGCUUCAGGGGAGGGUUAUUAUUUUUCUUUUUAGCAGUGAGGGGGGUGGGUGACAGUUGUACACCAAGCAUCUCUCUGACCUUAAGGGGGGGAAGGGUUCCCAAUCCUUGUUUUCCAGGGAAGGGAAUGGGACAAACACUUUGCUUUCUUUAGUUGGGAUGUAAAUGCACAUUCCCAUAAUCAGUUCUAAAAAUAAAUGUCUUCAAAGACUUGGAAGUUAUGCCAAACUGAACUAGCUAAUUAAUUCCUCCUUCCUCUGGAAUGCCUAACUUCUUACACCUUUAAAAAAGUAGAUCGCUAGUGCCAGGAGUGUUCUCUCCAGUUGCUGCUGGGAAUUACUUUCUCUGGCUCCUGACAUGGAUAUAGCAAACCCAAAUCCAAUUUUUAACCUUAGAUCUUUCAGUAGCUGGGUUUGAUGCCUCUGUGUUCCUGCACCUAUAAUGGCAACAUUUUCCUUGCCAUAGUUCAGAGAUUGUGUUCUUUGACAACAUCUGUAAAAUUUCUGAGGCCGUCCCAUGGUGCAGGUCCCUGGGAGAAGGGAAAAGAAGGGGAGAAAAGGCACUGGACUGUGUGUACUGGAGGCCCUUCCCUAGGAGAACUCUUGUUCUCUUUUGCUUUUGUGCAAGAACCGGAGAUUUCAUAGGAGAGGUGGAGAAAUGGCAUCAGUUCCUGCUUAGCUCUGUGAAAAAGCACUGAUUUUGAACCCAAAUAAUCUCAAGAGACACUGGUUUUCUAGGCUGUGUCUGCUUCUUUGGAAAGAGAAGUAGACGUACUUUUAGAUGCAAAUUUUUACAUCCUAUUGCUGUUGGUAGUUCCAAGACCAGUGUAAAAUAGGUGGUUGGCAUUCCUAAGAACCCUCCCUUCUCCUGAGAUGUGAGCAGUGGCUCAGAGCUUCAAACAUUACUGUGUGAAAGGACUAGCAAGUACCCUGCAAUGAUACAAGAACUGUGUUUUCAAGCUCUCUGAUUUAAGCCCCAGAUCUAUAGGAAACCUGGAGUCACAGCAAAGCCCCCCCCCCCCUAGUGCUUGGCAGCCUGGCCAUGAGUUGUAAUGGGCUCUUACUGGUUUCAGAUUUAAACCAGUAAGACUUGCCCUGCUUGAGUACUAUAAUUAAGCAAGUGUCACCCUCCUCCUUGAGUCACUUCUCACGGAAUAUACAGUUUUCAAGGUUUUGCACCCUUUCUCUUGACUACCUUAGACACCUUAAUUAGGCAUCUGGAUUUGGAUGUGAAAAUCUGUGAUCUCCUCGAGUAAGAAAUAGCAAAGUUAGACUUGUUUCUAGAAUGUCCCACUAGACUGUCUCAGCCGAGUGACCCAAGACUCCCCAGCCCAAUGUCCUGCUUGGUUUAGCUGUGCUGUGCCCUGGGCUGGGCUUUAGCUGUGCUGUGCCCUGGGCUGGGCUGCAGGCACAUCCCCACCAUCUCCAGCAGAUUAGGCUGAAAUACUUUGUUGCAAGUGCUGGCCUUAAAGUGCCACCUCCUCAACAUCUGGUCAAGCAAAAGCAAAAAUGUGCUUUCACAUUUUGAUUAAAGGCUCGGGUUCAAGUUUUGCAUACCUCUAAGUUCCAAACUAAUUUUAGUGUAAUUAGCUGGAUUAAACAUGACACUUAAAUUACAAAUAACUAAUAACCUUAAUAUUGGAGAGCGCUAACAAGAGACAUUAGUUUUGCUUAUAAGUCAUGUGCAUAAGGAAGGGGAUUUAUAAUGCUGACAUUUUAUUAAUUAACUAUAUAUUCUAGAGCAUUCCCAUUCUUCCCCACUUAUAUCUGUCAUCUCAGCUUCAUUUCAUGCUAAAUAAAACCUCACAUUUACUUUGCAGCUUUGCUGGAGACACUACAUUAAUCUGAGAAGAAUUAAUGCACAUCAUGGAAUUAUGUACAUCCCACCUGAGUUCCUAUGCCAGGGCUCCCACCUUUACUCUGCAAAGUACUUAAAUGUGAAGAUCCUUUAACGUGACGUUGCCAUGGAUUCCUGGCAUGAGCAGCAACCUGUAUUCCUCAAAAUGGGACUGUUAACUGCUUGAACUUGGAAGAUUACUGUGAUGUUGGGAUUUCUCUUAUACUGGCAUUAUGUUCUGUCAUUGUUAUGUGACAUUAUACCUACAGAAACUAUCAAUAAAGGAUUUUGCUAGAA